AUGGCAGAUUACGCAAAGAUACUGAGAUCUCUGGCAAAAGAGGCUAACGUAAACAUACCAAAGGAUGCAUUUCGAACCAGACGUAGCAAGUUGGCAAUCGAAGGAACAAACAGAUGCCCUACAUGCAAUAAAGCACGCACAUCGAUAGGAUGGUGUAAACCAUGCGAUACCAAGGCGUUGGAGGAACAAUUUGGUACAUGGACUAGCGGAAACGAAGAGUUGGACAAAUUUAUUCAAGAGACGCAGUCUAGUGCCAACACACCGCUUGAUUUUAUGCGAUGGAUCGAGUACGAUGCGUUCACGGAUAUAGAGUUUAUUGCAAAGGGUGGUUUCGGAUCUGUGUUCGCUGCUAAUUCAUCAACUUAUGGGAAAGUAGCGUUGAAGUUUUUGGAUAAUUCCGAGACCCUGACGAAAGAUUUUUUGGACGAGCUGCGCGCUCAUCAUCGAUGCAGUCUUGGCGGAAAUAUUCUUCGACAUGAAAAACUUGUAUAUGUAACUGAUCUUGGCAUGUGUCGGCCAGUGAACGAAUCAGCAGAUACAGAUAUAUACGGCGUACUCCCAUAUGUAGCGCCUGAAGUUCUUCGUGGCGAUCCCUAUACAGAGAAAUCAGACAUAUACAGUCUUGGCAUGAUAAUGUGGGAGUUAUCUUCUAAUCAACCUCCGUUCGCCGAUCGUGCUCAUGAUUACUCGCUUGCCGUUGACGUCUGUAACGGACUGCGGCCGCCCAUCAUUGCUGGCACACCCAAAAAUUACAUGGCUGCUAUGCUUCGAUGUUGGGAUGCCGACCCAUCACGACGACCGCAAGCUUCCGAAUUAUUGGCGGCUACUUACAAGUGGCGCUUCCUUCAGGAUGGCACAGCACCAUUUCAAGGACCCAAAAAAAGGAACGUUAAGACGAUACCUGUGAAAUCGCCAACAACCACAACAAAUGUUCAUCCGCAAGCGUUUUACACUAGUCGAUUGCUUCAUUUUCCAAAACUGCCUGAACCCAGGAAUUCAGAUACUUUUGUGUUUUUCGACCCUGCCACAGGAGAAACUAGUAGGAUGCUUAGAAAGCAACGUAAACAUCAAGGGGAGAUGCAAACAGGCCAGGCGAAAGUCAGCGCAGCAACCAGACGGAGAAAGGAAAGAACAGACAAAUGGAUCAACGAACACAUAUUAGAAGCAGGGAUAUCUCAAGAAGUAUGUCAAUGGAUAAAGUAG